AUAACAACCAGUAGGUAAGCCAUCUCAAAAUUCUAGACAUUUCUCACUGCAGAGAGUCUUCAUUUUCUUGCAUAUACAUAUAUAUCAACUGAACUGACACAAGUUGUGAACCAGCCUGUAAACUUCCAUGAGACAGAACUCAACUCUCAUCUUCCACAAUUGACAAACAACAGUAUAGCAGAGCAUUGCAGAGAUGAAAAUUUUCAUCUCAUCAGCUUUCUCUUUUCUUGUGCUCUUUUCUUAUGCAGUUGCAUAUGAUCCGUUGGAUCCAACCGGUAACAUCACAAUCAAAUGGGAUAUAAUGUCUUGGACUGCAGAUGGUUAUGUGGCAGUUGUAACUAUGAGCAAUUUUCAACUGUACCGGCACAUCAUGAGCCCUGGCUGGACCCUAGGAUGGACAUGGGCUAAGAAAGAAGUGAUAUGGUCUGUGGUGGGAUCUCAAACCACCGAGCAAGGGGACUGCUCCAAAUUCAAAGGCAACAUUCCACAUUGCUGCAAGAAGAACCCUACUGUUGUGGAUUUGCUCCCUGGAGUCCCUUACAACCAACAGUUCUCCAACUGCUGCAAAGGCGGAGUCGUGGGGUCGUGGGGCCAAGAUCCGUCCUCAGCCGUCUCUGCCUUCCAGUUGAGCGUUGGCAUGGCUGGGACUUCAAACAAGACGGUGAAACUUCCUAAGAACUUCACUUUACUAGGUCCAGGACCAGGGUACACCUGUGGCCCUGCAAAGGUCGUGCCUCCUACCAUUUUUCUUACAGCUGAUCAUCGCAGAAAAACUCAGGCUCUAAUGACAUGGAAUGUUACAUGCACUUAUUCCCAGUUUCUCGCCGGAAAACACCCUAGUUGUUGUGUCUCCUUCUCAUCUUUCUACAAUGAUACAAUCACUCCUUGUCCUUCUUGUGCUUGUGGUUGUGAAAACAAGAAAAAAUGUGUCAAGAGCGAUUCCAAACUGCUAAGCGUGGUUGGAGUGAACACUCCAAGAAAAGACAAUGCACCUUUACUACAGUGCACACACCAUAUGUGCCCGGUCCGGGUGCACUGGCAUGUAAAGGUGAACUACAAGGAAUACUGGCGAGUGAAGCUUGCGAUAACAAACUUUAACUACCGAAUGAACUACACGCUGUGGACACUGGUUGUUCAGCAUCCGAAUCUCAACAAUGUGACUCAAGUUUUUAGCUUUGAUUACAAGCCUCUUGUGCCCUAUCAGUCAAUAAAUGACACAGGAAUGUUCUAUGGUAUGAAGUUCUACAAUGACCUACUAAUGGAGGCUGGGCCAUUUGGAAAUGUUCAGUCAGAGGUGCUACUUCAGAAGGACAGGGACACUUUCAGCUUCAAGCAGGGAUGGGCAUUUCCCAGGAAAGUUUACUUUAACGGCGAUGAGUGCAUGCUGCCACCACCUGAUACAUACCCAUAUCUACCAAAUUCUGCCCCUGAAAACUUAGUUAGACUGUCGACACUUAUUUAUUCAGUAUUUCUGUUCUUAAUUGUAAUAUGGUGAUUUUGAGCAGUUUGAUAGAACAUGAAUUUUUUGAAGCCAGGGGGGCAGCAUGCCGAUGAUUGGGAGCACAGGUACACAACAUAAAUUCUUUGAAAAAACAAAAAGAGAUUGAGUUGUGGAAAUUUGGUAUGACACAAUGAGUUUGUGAAUAGGAACAACAAAAUAUGAACCUUCUGUAAUGAACUCUCCUUCAAUUCUUCAUUGAUAUUACAAGGCUGUAAACUAAGAACUUCAUCUGUAUCUUGCUAUGUUGAAAAAAAGGAUGUAUGAUAAGAACAGAUUCCAAUAUAAAGAAAUUUCGCACUGUAUAAUAUAAUUUCACUUUACCAAAUGAAGAUGUUAAUUUAAUGGCACAGGUGCCAUUAAAUUCACUACAUAAGUUGAGACUGCACAAGAAAUAAAAUUAGGAGUGUGAACAAAACUAAUACAACCAACACUUUGAUUUAGCAAAAGAUUCUGAGUGUUUUUGUUCUUGUAACAAGUGUAACACUUCAUUUUUUUAUUUUUUAUUUUUGGGACAAACUGUAACACCAUUUUAAUGUGAAAAAAAUCUACAAACAGUAUAAUUUAGUACAAUGAUACUGCAGUAAACACUUGCAAGUAACAAAUGGCCAUGAAUUCACCAAUCCAAAACAUAAAUUGGAGUUCUAUUCAAUGACACGCACCUGAACACAUGGGAAUGCUUAAUGUCAUUGCCCAGACACAAACUAUUCAAUUGGUUUGCCAUUGGUUCUGAGGUCGGACUGAUCCAGUGUAAAUUUGUGCAAUAAUUGUAUUGUUGAGAAGAUUCUAAGCAUUUGCAUAGAUGAAUACCAAAGAUGACAACAGAGUCAGCAUUAGAGUAAGCAUUGAGACAUCUGGCCGGGAACUGG